AUGCCCAAUCCACCAAAACGUAACAGUUUUUGGAAGUCAAAUCCGAGUUCCGGGGGUGAUUCUUGGCAUAAUGAGAAUCAGGACAAUAAUGGUAGAUUGUUCCCUGCCUCUGACUGCCCCUUUCCAGAAUUCUCCGCGAAUAGUUCUGCUCCCACUUCUUCUGGUUGGUCGAAUCUUGAUCCAGCCGUUAAUCCAAUGGCGGAUAGCACAUUUGCGGACUUGUCUUUGCCAUGGCCAGCAAGAACGCCAAUCGCCGAGUGGCCGCUGUCUUCCAACCUUAUAUGGCAAAAUGGAUAUUCAGAGGAUGAUGUUAAUGUCAGUGUCAACAAGUCUCUUCCUCAUAAUGAAUCCAGUAACGUGCCUCCAAGCUUGACACAGGAUAAGGUCUUUCAUCAAAUCUGGUCCCAAAAGUCCAAACGAUCUGUUCCGGAUGCAAAUACUAAUCCUUGGGAUAGCAACCAGCAGCACAUGGGCACUGAAGCGAAUCGAGAGAAUAAUGCUACGGUCAUUCAUAUAUCUGAGCUGGUGAACGAUCCAGGAAACUGGGGCACGCGUCCAAUCAAUCAGUCAGUCCCCUGGAAGACCACGCCUGAGGAUGGAGAUUUGCACAAACCCAAACCUUCCUCCGCCUUGCUGAAUUCCCACCAACAGCUUCAAGAGUCCAAUGUGUGGAAAAAUGAACCGCCUACUGGUACUAAUGUCUGGGAGUCGCAUUAUGAACAAAUUGCCACCCGGGCUUCAUGUUGGCCAACUCAGGGUCGAGAAACUCCCGUCACUGCAAAUGCCCCUGGUGGUGGUUCACCACAAGCCUCAGUAUCUCAUCAACCACAACAGUCGGCUAUCCCUUCGACCCUUCCACAAGCUGAACAUGAUGGUGGCAUUUGGGGAUUGGCUUCCAGUAAUUUUAAUUCUUCGUUUCUGUCUCUUGUGAUAGUCGGGGUGAGCCCUACGCACUUUCUUCAACCCACAGCUUUCCAGCCCUGUCCUUCCACCUCUUCGCAUUUUGGCCCUCCCGGAGGCUUGUUUCGGCGUCCCAUUUUCGGUGCAGGCGCAACUGGUGGCUCUGCUAACCGCCUUGCUGAGGACUCGAGCGAUCUUGGACUUCCUUCUCGCGCUGCGUGGGCCACCAUCUCCUCGGCCCAUUUGUUAAACCAGGAAGAUAACAGUUGGGCGACAGUAACUGGUCGAUGUGUCGCCCCUACUGCCAUUGCUGGUCCAACCCCUUCCUCUGCUUCUGCUGCCCCCUCACUUUUCUCCGUUGGCUGCAGCGGUGGUCUGGAAGAUGCCGACCAGCACCAGGAAGUUAAUACUGGCGUUUCGAUGGCAGCCUAUCGGGGAGACCUGGUGCGCUACUUCCUGCAGCAGGGCUUUCGUCGCGAAGACGUGGAAUCCGUCCUCGCGGAAUGUAACAUGGACAUCGAUCGGUCAAUAGCAGUGUUGCGACUGCGCUCUCGCAACGCUGUCAGCGGCAACGCCGGAACUCCACGUUACCCUGGCACGGUGGGUGGACCGCGUCGCAUCCCCACCUCACCCACUGCCACUGGACAGUUCGGGUACUUCCCCAACGCGCAAUCUACCUCAGCUGCCGCUGCUGCUGUCGCCCCAUUUGGACGUGGAAUGCCGGUGAGUGGCGGCGGCGGUAACAGGAUGCCGGGUGCUGCAGCUAGUGCUGGCGGUGACAGUAUCUUGGGUUCUUCCCUCUCCUCCCUUCUGGGUCUACCACCACCACAACAACAGGAGAACGGCUUUUCUCCUAUGCUUAUACGUGGACGGAAUUAUCAGUGGCAACCGACCAACGCACCACCCACAAAUCUCGCUUUUAUUGCUUCAAUUAUGGAGUUGCAGAGGAAGCGACAAGUAAUUGUCUCUCCUCCAUUUGCCCUCAUUCCUGUCGGUUCCCUUUAUCACUGCUUCAUUGCCCCUAGGACCUUCAACGGCAAAUCCAACUAUUCCGCGGCACUCCAACUGCACCAAGUUGAGAAUCAAAUCAGCGCCAGAGAGGUGUCCGGUGCAUUUGCGUCCAAUCCCGUCCCUCCGCCGCAGCCGCCAGUUUCAACCUUCUGGUCCAACCCCGAAGAAACAAGACCCAACGCCUCCUCUCUCACACAGCGCCUUCAGGACUUACGAAUCGGUGCAGGUACUUGUAGCAGCAACAAUAACCCAGCGCCAUCCAUAUCCAAUAAUCCUCCAUCCCCGCGAUCUGUAUUCAGAGCCACCACAAAUGGCUUCCGCAGCCCGCGCCACAAUAGCGGGACGGAUAACUUUGCAGGAAACGGAGGUAACCUGGCCUCGGGAUGGCUUUUGAUCCGAGGUGUGCCUCCUUCCAUGUCUCGACCAACUCUUGAGUCCUUCCUGGGUACUGGAUUACUGAACUUGCAUCCGCUCCCCACACGUGGCACAUUUGUCGCUCGGUUUAUUACCCCUGAGGUUGCUAUGGAUGUCGGAUUUCAGCUCACCGCUAAUGCGCCUAAUUCCUCACCUCUUCUCGUCACCAUAAUUGAGGAGAGACAGGCUUUCGAUCUCAUUGUGGAAGCACUCAACGCCGUGUCUGGUGUUAACGCUGUUGCUGCUGCUGCUGCUGCUGCUGCUGCCGCUUCUGGUGGCAGUAGCGUUAGUGGUGGCGGCAGCACCAACUAG